AUGCUCGGCCUGGGGGCAUCGGCCUCUGUUGAGACCGCAUCUAACGCCACCCCGACUCGAGAGACGUUGUUCGCAACCGCCAUCCUUGGCGGAACGUCAAACGUGGCGGCCCGGUCUCCCACGGGGUUCGAUGCUCCAGCCUUUGCAGCAGCCCUCCAAGUCUUUGUCGACAAUGCGGACUUUGAUCUUUCUACAGAGACCGCUUCGAUUGACUGGCGAACCAAGGGGAAAGUGACGGCGGUAAAGAAGCAAUUCCGGGAGACGUGCUGGGCAGUUGCAGCGACGGAGCAAGUGGAAUCAUUGGCUGCGAUCAAGUAUGGCCGGCUCACGAAUCUGAGCACGCAUCAGGCGUGGUCGUGUGCGCUGGCGAGCAGCACGCCAACCUCAGCCUUGCCCAACCUUCCGUUCGUCCCUCCAUGGUUCUUCCCGUGCUUCGAAGAAAGCUCGUCGUGCCAAGCGGUAGGAUCUGAACUUCCCGGCUCCCACCCGGCGGUGGCCUGGGCAUGGAUGCGCCACCUUGGCGGGCUCGUGUCCGAAGAAACCAACCGAGAGCCACCAGAGAACUCCAAUACAGGAUGUGCUACCCCGGAGCCAGGCACUACUCUGGAUAACAUACUCAAACUGCCUUACACCUGCACCUCAGCGCAGGACUGCGUUCUUGAAGACACCAACUGCGAAUUCAAAGAACCCAACCAUAAUGUGCAACUGGUGGGUUACGAUGACUCAGCGGUGGGCGGCCCGGUCUGGAUUGUUCGCAACUCUUGGGGCGCCGGUCGGCUUCACAACGGCUACUUCUAUGUGCGAUUCAACUCGCCCAAGUGCGGUGUCGCCAGCCUAACAAUGAACACGAAAGUUGAGUAG